AUGGUGGACAUCCCGAUUCCCUACCAGGCAUUCUUUCUCUGGAUCGAGCCUGCGGCAACAUUGGUGGGAGCAUUCUAUGCUUGGUCCAUGCCUGAGACAUAUCUGCAAUUGACCGACAAGGGAUCCACACCGGGCCUUCUCGGGCUGCCUACUGCCACCCAUAUUGCACUCCGCCAACUGGGAAAUCUGUACUUGGCCUUCGCGCUGAGUGAGGCACUAGUUCUUCGGUCGACAGCUGACCUGCGCGUCUGGCGCCACUUCCUGCUCGUCCUGCUGAUUGCAGAUUUCGGGCACCUGUACACAUGUCUCCCUCUUGGUACCGGGGUCUAUUAUGAUGUGUUAAAGUGGAAUGCGAUCGACUGGGGUAAUCUGGGGUUUGUCUACUGUGGCGCGAGUAUUCGGAUCAGCUUCCUCGCUGGAGUUGGAUUGGAUAGUAAGAAGUCGAAGUUGAGGUCGAGGUCGAGGUCGAAGAAGACGAUUGAUGCCAGGCCCGAUGUGAACGACACCAUCGUAGUGGAUCCUCCUAAGGAGGAGCCUAAAACACCAAAAUCCAAGAGAGGCAGGAAGAAGAAGACCUAG